ACCGCACUCUCGGGACACGCGUAAUGCUGCACUCUUGCUUAUAACAAAAAUCAAUGUCCUCUGCACACACAGACACAGAGUCACAGACACACACAAAAUUAGGGAAACCCCAUGAAGAUGCAGAAGAAGAGAUCGGUUAAAUUGUUCCGUGAGCUUUGAAGGCAACGACCAAGCAAAUGGAUUGCUCUCCAUCCAGAAAGGCUGCUUCUUCCUCUUCGCAUGCGGUGACCCCAACCGGUGGCGGUGGCGGUGGCGGCGGCGGCGGCGUCUCCGAGAAUCCGACUCCGAAUCCCAAUCCCAAUCUCCCCUCAGAUAUCAUCUCCAACAUCCUCCUAAGGCUUCCCGUGAAGUCUCUUGGUAAGUUCAAGGCUGUAUCCAAACAAUGGCUCGCCGCUAUCACCGAUCCCCAUUUCAUUCGCACACGCCGAGAGCGUUCGCUUCAAAACCCCAAUUUACUGUUGCUACGCACAUCCUACGAGGAUCGCGAUGUUGAACCUGGAAAACCCUUCCACCACACCAAGAAAACUAUGGUUGACAUUUGUGCUCAGAGUUUCGAUGGGAAGCACAAUGCUGAGUUCAAAAUUGAAGUGGACGAUAUUAUCGAGUUACUGCCUUCUAAAUGGGAUUUGAUAUGUUUCAUCGGUGAGACUGGGUUCUACGCCUGCAACCCAAGUACGCAACAGUUGGUGAAAUUGCCGGAGGCCAGUUGUUGUACUUCCGGGGAUAUUAAUGCUGGUAUGGGAUACAUUUCUUCUAGAAAUGAGUUUGUUUUGAUACAUCUGUUCGACAGAUGUUUGGAUUUCAGCGUUGAGUAUGAUAUUGGGUGUGAAAUUAUGAGGUUCACUGAUGGUUGCGUCACUAAUGCUUCUUGGAAGGUGGUGGAAGCUAGUUGCCCUUAUGUGGUCAGAGGGUGGGGGGUGUUGGUUGAGAAUGUGUUUUAUUGGAUGAUUUGGGACCCAUAUGAUCAUCCUGGGCUAGAUGCAAUUGUGUCCUUCGAUUUGGAGUCUGAAGAGUUUGGGACAGUUGAGCCGCCAAAAGGGUGUCUUGACCCUAAUGGAGACUGGUCACUGGUGGAGCUGACAGGGUUAUUAUGUUUAAUUGACUGUACAUCCAAGCCUUCCACUAUGGACAUAUGGGUGUUGAAGGAUUAUGAGAAUCAUGUGUGGGUUAAAAAGCAUAGCAUCGAUCUGAGUAGGUUUGAGGAUGAGUUGUGUAAAUUCAUCAUUCCUCUGGAUCAGCAAGAUGAAGAAAUUCUGAUAGACUCCAAGCAAGACAGUAUCGAGUAUUACAAUUUGGAGAACAAAAGCUUCAACAGAAUGCACAAGCUGAGUGAUGGAGAGUGGACAUGGAUACGGCUUUAUACUGAGAGCUUUUUCUCAUUGCAAGCUCCAUAGGUAUAAUGUUCUUUUGGUUUACAUUUCUUGUUUUCUGUUUAUUUGUUUGUUUAAGGCAGUAGAUAGUGCCAAAGUUCGUGGCUGAACAGUUAUGGGGGGCAAUUGGCUUGGGUGUAUUUUGUUCGGUCUUUUGCUUUUGGUUGAACAAAGUCUGAGGCAACUUUAUUUUGAAUUAAGUAGGCUGGUUGUACCUUUUUAGUUCUUCUAUGAAUUGUUCAGUACCUAUUAUGCUAAA